AAAAAACCUAUGAAAAAAGCUCCUUUGGAUGAUGAACAAGAGCAUACUAAGAUAUGUUGGCCGCAAAGUCCAAAGCUGCUCUUCGAGCUUCGAGAAUGUUGGAUAAUGGAAUCCGCAGCCUUCAUACUUGUUGUUUGCGCUCUCCCUUUGCGCCCGAGAGGCCUCUUCUCCAAUCAAUUUCAUACCGGAGAACUCGCUGCCGGCGUCUUUUUGCGACCUUUUGCUCUGCUGCACCCACCCCCAAUAAGGAAAGGAAGUCGAAGGUGAUUGUUAUAUCUGGUCCAACUGGUUCUGGGAAGAGUAGGCUUGCUAUGGAGCUUGCUAAGCGUCUCAAUGGUGAAAUUAUCAGCGCCGACUCUGUGCAGGUAUACCAGGGUCUUGAUAUUGGAUCUGCUAAGCCAUCGGCAAGGGAUAGAAAGGAGGUCCCACACCAUCUGAUUGACAUUCUACGUCCAUCUGACGAAUAUUCUGUUGGUCGGUUUUUUGAAGAUGCAAGGCAAGCGACAAGAUGUAUCCUUGAUAAUGGCCGUGUUCCGAUAGUUUGUGGUGGGACAGGAUUGUAUUUAAGAUGGUUCAUGUAUGGAAAACCCAAUGUUCCAAAGGCCUCUCCAGACAUUGCUGCCGAAGUUUGUUCUGAGUUAGCAGACUUGCAGAGAAAUGAAGACUGGGAUGCAGCUGUGCAAUUGGUCGUUAAAGCUGGUGAUCCUAGAGCGCAGCAUUUAGCUAUUAAUGAUUGGUACAGAUUGCGGCGUAGCUAUGAGAUUAUCAAGGCAAGUGGUUCACCUCAGUCUGCAUUUCAAGUUCCAUAUGAUACUUUCAGACAAGAACAUGGUUCUGGUGCAGCCAGCAGCUUUCAGGGCGCCGACCAUUCAGUUGACCCUCAUGACUAUUCUAGUGUGGAAAUUAGCACGAAAGAGUUGGACUAUGAAUUCAUUUGUUUCUUCCUCUCUAGCCCAAGGCUUAAUUUGUAUAAGUCAAUUGACUUCCGCUGCGAAGAUAUGAUUUUAGGCAGUGAUGGGAUUUUAUCCGAGGCGACAUGGCUUCUUAAUAGUGGGCUUCUUCCAAAUUCAAAUUCUGCCACUAAAGCUAUUGGUUAUAGACAAGCUAUGGAGUACCUAUUAAGGUGUAGGCAGCAAGGUGGAAGGAGUUCUCCAGAAGAGUUCUAUGCCUUCCUCUCUGAAUUUCAGAAAGCAUCUAGAAAUUUUGCAAAAAGGCAAUUGACUUGGUUCCGGAAUGAGCGAAUAUAUCACUGGCUUGAUGCAUCCAAACCCCUGGAAAACGCACUCAACUUUAUUUAUGAUGCUUACCACAAUGGAAGUGGAAAUAUCUCUGUUCCAGAUUCACUUAGAAUGGAAAGUGAUGUUUCCAGUCGCCGAAAAGCUUCUGAGAUGAAGAGUUAUCAAACGAGAAAUAGGUAUUUUGUUAGACGUCAAGAUUGUGCUGAUGUUUUGGACUGGAUUGGAAGAACUCAAAGCGUUUACCAAGAUUUUCCUGUUGCUUGAAUGAGUUCGAUUUCGACCCCAUUUUUCACUUUUUUGUGAAGGAAUCAUACUUUCCAAAAUUUCUUUAUAGCAGAUUUCAUAAGAGUUGUGCAUUAGUUUAGCAGUGAGUGUUCAUUUGCAAUGAUGGCUAUUCUCUACUUACCAGAUGCCAAAAAUGAUGACCAUUCAGUUUUGGAAGUGGUCAGUAUGCCUUAUUUUUGGAUUUGGUAUAAUUUAUUUUCGGGUAUUUAUAUAUUGUCUUAGUGUAAAUUCAUCGAUAAAAAGACAGAUUCUGCAAUUGGAACCUAUGAAACAGUCUGCCUGAUUAUUUAUUUUUAUUUUUGGGGUUGGAUGUCGAUUGAGACUGGAGUUUUUAUUCUAUGAAAAAAUAGGAAUGUUCCAUAAAGUGCUAGGGAUAAUCUAGAGCUUGUAACAUGUUAAAGUUGCACACAUUCCUAUAAAAAGAUGACAAGUUGGCCUCAUGGAAAGGGCAUCAUCUUCCUUGCUGAUAAGAGCAAAGAAAAAAGUUUAUUUUUGCCUA